AGAACAUAAUUCAAUAUAGAUAUAUGAUUCUAUUAAUAAAUUAACAGUUACAAAUUUGAAAUUUCUAGAAAUAUCAAAAGUUUUAUGUUAGUUAAUUAUCUUCUAAAUGAUAUUUAUUUUUAAUUUUUUUUGGAUGAGAAUAUUUUAGUUGAGGUGGAUAGUCUCAAAAGCCUUGAAUUUAGUCCCUUUUAUAUAGUAGGAUAUAUAUGUUAUAAAUUGAUCAUCAAUACGAAGUUGUAUAAACGAACAAAGUCGAUAUAAUUUUGAAAGUUUAUGAACGGAUAUUAAUAUUUACAAAAUAAUUAAAAUAUUUUGUAUAUUCUAAGUAAUUUAAUCUUUUCAUGUAUAAAACAUAAACUAAAAAGCUUAAUAAUCUUCAAAAUAAGAAUUCAGAUUAAUUUUGAUAUUCUUAUUAUGGAUAUAUUAUGUGGUACAUAUAUAAAGAAAAUAAAUUAAAAUCAAAUUAAAGAGAUUAAGAAUUUAUUUUGUAAUUAUUAGAUAAAAAUAGAAUUAUAGUAAACAUUAUUUUUGAUUUCCUUUUCUAUUAUAUGUUAUCUUGAUUAAGAUAAUUUUUAAAAAAAUUAUUCAAUAUUAAAAUUAAUACCAGAAAAAUAUUGUUAUGAUAUAUACUUUUAUAUAAUAAAAAUAAUUUAAAAAUUAGAAUAUCAAAAACAAAUAUACUUACAAAUUUUCUUGGGGAAAUUUUCUUGUGAAUUGUUGUUGAGAAAUCAUGUUUUAUAAGUAAAAUAGUAAGCUACUUUAGAAAAUUAUAGAUAUUUUUAGUUAUGUACAGUAGUUUGAUAAAAAUAUAUAAAAUUUAAUAUUUUUAUUUCAUUAAAAGUAUUUGUGUAAUUAACUUAGUAAGAAUUAAUGUGAGAUCAAUCCAUACUUAUUUUUGUGAAUAUUAUUUUAUGAAACCAUAUUAUAUUAUGUAUAAUAUAUAUUUUCAUUUUCAUUUUCCUUAUUAAAUUUUAUAAUUGUUUCUUUAAUUAAAAAUUUCAUUUUAUUAUAUAUGUUAUUUGGAAGAAAUAUUAAAAACUAAAAUUAAGAGAAAAAUAUUAAUCACUACAAUUAAUUGAAAUAUUUUUAAUUAACUGUCUUAAAAAAUAACGUAAGAAUGGAACUUAGAAAAAACUUUUUUGAACAAAAAAGGUAUAGAGAUGUGACUCAGUAUAGUACCCUAUGCAAAAACGGUCGAUUUAUUGGUGUGUUAUAUUGAAGCCAAUCUCAUUUAUCUUGGCCCUAAUCUUUGUUUUUAACACUUUAGAAUCAAUUUUUAAUCAAAGCCAACAUCAUAUUUUAUCAGUUAAUUACUGGAUUUAUAAGAUUCAACAAAAUAGUUUGUAGAACUACAGAGUUUAAAAAUUAUUAUUAGGAAAGUUGAUUCUAAAAAUAUAAAAGGAAUUUAUUAAAAGCAAAAAUUUAAUAAAAUGUUUUUUCGAAUGUAGAAAUCAGAAGAAUUGGCUUCUGUCUACAUAAAAGAAUUUUCUUUUGUAAAACAUAAAAACUAAUUAAUUAAUUUUAUAAUAUAAUUGAUUCUAAAUAAUUAAGAUGAUAUGAAAAAUAUCAAAAAUCUCAAAGAAUAUGACAUGCGGAGGUAGUGAUAUAACUCAUCUUUUCAACUGUUAAAUUUUUUUAUUCAACACAUAUUGUAGCUAAUUGUAAUAUAAAAUAAACAUAAAAUCUUUGGAACGCAAUAUGUGGCGCUAAUUAAUGGUUCCAACUCACACUUAUUUAACAUGUUAAACUUUUUAUACUAUGAAAUAAUAGCAACCAAAUCUAAUUUAAUUUAACUUAAACCAUAAGAUGCAUGAUCAUUGACUUGAUUGAAAUACAAAAUUGAACAUGUGUCUGUGUUUUAUAUUGGAAUUCAACGCGAAGACCAUUCGACAAAGUCCUCCCAAGUAAUUGCAGUUGCCACCACUUACCUGGUCGGCUGGUCCCUCCACCACUUAUUAUAUAUCACACAACUUUACUACAAAACCAUACGUAUUUUUUCUUUUUCAAAUGGAUCGUGUAGAUGAAGAGAUCGAGAUCCCUAACUACUUUCUCUGCCCUAUUUCACUAGAGAUUAUGAAAGAUCCAGUCACGGCCGUUUCUGGCAUCACAUACGACCGUCAAAGUAUCGUCCAAUGGCUAGAGAAGGUCCCAUCUUGUCCCGUGACGAAGCAGCAUCUUCCUUUAGACUCUGAUCUUACGCCUAACCAUACGCUUCGCCGUCUGAUACAACACUGGUGCGUCGAGAACGCUACACGUGGCGUUGCUAGAAUCCCUACGCCUAGAGCUCCUCCAGGGAAGCUUAACAUCGUCGAGGAGAUCAAGAAUCUCAAAAAGUUUGUAGUAGAAGCCUCAGGAAGAGAAGAAACGUUGAAGAAGCUUGAAGUUUUGGCUAUGGAGGGAGAGACAAAUAGGAGAAUGAUGUGUGAAGCAGGCGUACAUAGGUCUUUGAUCUUGUUCGUAGUCAAGUGUACUCGUGAAGAAGAAGAGGAGGGACAACAUCUCAAAGGACACCUAGAUGAAUCUCUACGUCUUCUUCACUUGAUCGGUGUUCCAUUAAACGACGCAAGAGCACUCUUGAUCGAAAACGAUCAAAUGUUGGAAUCAUUGACUCUGAUCUUACACCAACAAGACUUCAUCAACAAGGCUUACACAAUCGUUCUCUUGAGGAAUCUAACGGGAAAUGCUUCCUCUCAUAUCGUCGAGAGGUUCGGUGCCGAGAUUUUGAAAGGGAUCAUAGGCUUUCUCAAGGAUGUAGUAAUAAGUAGUUUCAAUCUCACUAGCCCUAGCGUGAGUGCUACGUUACAACCAUCAAGUUCUAGCGUGAGGUCAAAACUUGAUCGUAGCCUUGUUAUCAAACGUGGUGUGACUGCAGCGCUAAUGAUUCUUCUAGAGACCUCUUCUUGGAGCCGGAACCGAACCAUCCUUGUGGAUCUCGGCGCGGUUUCUGAACUCAUCGAACUCGAAAUAAGCUACAGCGGCGAGAAGAGAACCACUGAACUUGUGUUGGGAAUUUUGUCUCAUUUAUGUUGCUACGCAGAUGGUAGAGCUGAGAUUCUUGCUCAUGGAGGCGGAAUCGCGAUUGUGACAAAACGGGUAUUGUGGGUUUCGACUGCAGCAGACGAUAGAGCUCUCUCUAUCCUAAGCACGUUGUCCAAAUUCUCGCCGGAGAACGAAGUGGUGGAAGAGAUGGUUUGUGUCGGGACGGUUGAGAAGCUUUGUUCGGUCCUGAGAGUGGACUGUGGUUUGAGCUUGAAGGAGAAAGCGAAAGAGAUACUUAGAGAUCAUUUUGAUGAGUGGAAGAGGUUCCCAUGCAUCAAUGUACAUCUGCAUACUAAGCUCUUAGAGCAAUAAUUAUAGGUAGAGAUACAUUCCGAUCCUAACUGAAUUUGAUACAAUGAUUCAUCCUUGUCUUGAAUUAAUUAAGCAAAUAUUGUUUCUCGAGUA